GUCACCGAACAACCAAUGGUAGACGACCUUGCGGGUCUCGUGACAGAUGGGCGGUCGUUAUGUCAGUGGCCGUUACGCUGGGGAUUUCUAUCAGACGGCGAAGGAAAGUGUGAGGAGCUGUUGUUGCUGCUAAACACGGUCACCACAGUCAUGUUCCGCAGUUUGCUGAGAGACUUUGACGACGACUCUUUCUUCUCAGAUCCAUUCAUUGCGCACCAAGAACAUGUCAGACAGAUGAUGAGAAGUUUCUCUGAUCCUUUUGGACGUGAUCCAUUUCUUAGUAUCACAGAUGGCCGAUCUCGGGGUCGGAGAGGGCAGCCAGGUUCCCAGGUGGCACUGAGAGAAGAUCACAGGGCCUCCAGCCUCACUACUAUGCCUACUGCCAGUUUUACUGGAAUGAGUUCAGACUUCCGAGAUGUGUUCCACUCCAUGGACAGUAUGAUGGUAAACAUGCGAAACAGAAUGAGAGAUAUGCAUAGAGGUUUUGAAGGACUGUCAGAAGAUUCUGGUGCUCACUCAUUUAAAUCAUCAUCAGUAAUGACAUAUUCCAAAACAGGAGAUGAACCCGCAAAAGUUUUCCAAUCUACAAGUCAGACAAGCAGAGCUCCAGGGGGUAUAAAAGAGACCAAAAAAGCUAUACGAGAUUCUGAAAGUGGAAUUGAGAAAAUGGCUAUUGGUCAUCACAUCCAAGACAGAGCCCACAUCAUCCAGAAAUCUAGAAACCACAAAACAGGGGAUCAAGAACUCAACCAAGAAUUCCUCAAUCUCGAUGAAGCUGAAGGCCCAUCUUUUGAUGAUGAAUGGCAAAGAGAGGUUUCAAAGUUUAAGUCCUUUAAAUCAUUUCCAGGACCUGCAAUAGAAGCUCCAAAACACAGAAGUGUUAAACAUAUAGCAGGCAAAAGCCAGCUACAGUUGCCGGCAAGGGAGAAAUGAGUUUCGGAACAGUCGCCUAGAAGCUGAAGUGUUGUGGCCGAUGGUGUGAAGCCAUCUUUUGCAAGAGCAGUUGUUAAUAAUAAAUAAUUGAGACAUGCACAUCAGUUUCCUCUGCAUUUUUUGGAUGAGCUGUCAAUACUGGACUGGCUAAAGUCACUCUUAUGCCGGAGGUGUCUCACUACUCAGUGAUAGAAAUCACCACAUCUAUAUCUACACACUAUAAAUUGCAUUGAUUUUGUAGCAGUUAUGCAUUGUGACAUAUUAAUAGGUGGCUAUGAUGCAAAGAAAAUGUGUGCAAGUGUGUGUGUAUUUAUAUAUAAAAUUAUAUAUAUAUAUAUAUAUAUAUAUAUAUAUAUAUAUAUAUAUAUAUAUAUAUAUUGCACAGUUUAAAAUGUGCCUUUCAUGGAAAGAUAUGAGAACACAGAAUUUUCAUAAGGUUAUGUGUAAAAAUAUUUGUAGAUUUCUAAUAAAAUUGGUCUCAUAUCUGCAUCGUUGAAUGGCCCCUUUGUAUUAGUUGCAGAGGCUUGUAUUAUAGCGGUUUGCAUUAGUGAUCUAGUAAAAAUGAUUAAAUUGCAGUAAUAUUAUGAAUUGUCAUUUUUUUUUUUACAUCUGCAAAAGUCAUUGUAUUCUACAUAGUAAAUAUGCUGGAACUUAUCAUAUACAAUGAUGCAGUUCCUGUAUAAUUAAAACUUAUUUGUGAGCUCAUGUUUCCAACAAAAAUAAAUACUUGUUUAGUUUUU